AGCUGUGUGAGUUCAAGCGCCGUGCUCUCAUGUCCUGAUGUUUGGGUAUGGGGGGGGCCCUGCGCCCUUCCCGGGCCCGGGCGGAGCGCCGUCUUUCGCGUCUUCUGGGCCUACGCCGUACCAGCGGCCACCUCUUGGUACUGUGCUUACGGGCACCGUGAAGAGUUACAGUGCGAAGGGUUUUGGCUUCAUUCUUUGCAAUGAUGUAGAUCAUGACGUGUACUUUGCACGUGAGAGUUUGCAAGAUGGUUUGAGGACAGCCAACAUAGCUGGAACAGUCGUGCAAUUUGUUCUGCAACGGGGUCUGCAUGGCAAGCCGCAGGCAACGUGUCUGCGACCUGUUGAUGGGCAAAUUGCACCGAUGGCCUACAACAGAGGAUACACGCCAGAGCCGGGUGGUGGCAGCAAAGGUGUGGCCAAGGGAGUUUUCUCUUCGCCACCUGUCGCAUUCACAUCCUUCACUCCGCCGCCGCAAGCGCCAGGAAUGGGCUGGUCACCGAUGCCGCGGCCUCCCAUGGCGCCGGCGCCAAAGCGGCUGUCGCCCCACGCAGGCUCCCGAGCAAUCGCAGGAAGGCCACCCAAGGCCGCAGAGGAGAAAUCCAAGUCGAAGUCGGAAAGUUCGUCAGCAAGCCCUGCGCGGGAAAGCAGCGAGAGCAGUUCUAGCGAACGCAAACGGAAAAAGAAAGACAAGAAAAAAGGCAGAAAAGACAGGAGCCGCUCCAGAAGGAAGUCCCGAAGCAGCUCCAGGCUCAGCGUCUCUUCAAGCAGCCGUGAAGACAAAUCCAAGGAGGCGCCAAGCUCGGAGGUGCAGCAAGAGAUUGAAAGUGCAAAGAGGGAGGUGCUGCAGCAGCUGGAGAACCUCAAGAAGGUGGAGCCAAAAGAGCAGCGCAUGAAGGAGUGGCGAUCACUACUUCGAUCUUGGCAUCCUGACAAGAACCCCGAAAAGUCAGAAGUCGCCACAGCCGUCUUUCAGUUUCUGCAAAAGGGCAAGCUUCUCCUCGGCCUUUGAGACCAAUCGCUGCGGGAGCGAAGCGACCCCGAAAUCAACCGGCGCAAUGCAACA